AUGUCUGCCGUAUCCUCGGUCGUCUCCUCCGCUGUUGCGAGCGCAACUCCAAGCGGCGCAUCAUGCGCGACUGCAGACUUCACCCAGUUCCCCACGCAAGACAUCGCCUGCGCAGUCGGCAGUACAACAUCGAACCUCGCCAGUAACGCAUCGUCAGUCCUCAAGGACUGCUGCAAAUCCGCACCCGUCGAGUCAUUCAAUGGCGACUGCGGCUACUACUGCCUAUCCGUCCAACAAUCUGUUUCCGACCUGCAGAGCUGCUUCAUGGAGAACGGCAUUGCCCCCGGGACGAUCUUCUGCAAUGGCAACAACACUGCUACCGCGACGGGCACACCUACCGGGGGGCCUAGCUCCACUGCGAGUGGCACAAGAGGCAGCAGCAGUGGAACAAGCAGCCCCGGCGCCAGUGGUAGCACAGGUGCGGCUGCGGGUAUCGUUGUGCCACAAGCUAGCAAGGCUGGGCUUGGUGUGCUGGCUAUGAUCGUGGUGUCCGCUUUUGCCGGAGCUAUGUUGUAG